AUGAAUAUAUUUUUCAAAGUUUUAUUAAUUAUUAUUAUAAAGAUACCAAUUUAUUUAGGAAGAAAUUUCAAUAAUGGAAAUAAAUAUUAUAUUCAAAGUACACCUUUAAAUGCAGAAUAUAAAAACUCAUUUUCAAAUAUAAAAAAAAUUAAAUCAAAUCAAGGAUUUGAAAAUAAGAAUAAUUUAAAUAAGACACUUUUUCUUUAUAAUUAUAAACCAAAAUAUGGAAAGAUUAAAAACAUAAGGAGAGAUAGUUUGAAAAUUAUAAAUGCUCAUAAAAUUAAUUUGAAGAAAGAUAAUAACUUAUUUAAUAAAAUAAGAGAUAAUUUAAAUUUUAUGUUAUUUAAUUCAAUUAAGGAUGAUAUAACAAGUUUUGAAGAUGAUAUUGGUGACAAUGGAAUUAUUGAUGAUAUAUCAUCAUCAGACGAUAAUUCCUCUAACACUCCAAAUGAAAAAGAAGACUCCAAUACAAAAACAUCAGAAAAUAAUAAUACGAAUUUAAGUAUGACUGAAAAAAAAAAGUGUUCUUUUUUAAAUAAAGUAGUAGAAGGAGGAAAGACAAUUUCAUUAUUAAGCUUAUGGUAUGUUUGUAAUAUUUUUUAUAAUAUUGAAAAUAAAAAGGCACUGAAUAUUUUAAAUCUUCCAAUUACAAUUGCUAUAACUCAAAUAUUUGUAGGAUUACCUAUAUUUUUAAUACCAUGGUUAUUAAAAAUAAGAAAAAGACCUGAAUUAUUUUAUGAUGAAGAGGAAAUGAAAAAUAUAAACAUUAGUGAUAGAAAUGCUAUAGUAAAAGUUCUUCAGAAAUAUAAAUUAUUCUUAAAAAAAUAUAAGAGUAUAAUAAAACAAAGUAUAUAUCAUGGAUACGUUCAUUUAUUAUCUGUUAUAGCAAUGGGCGCAGGUGCAAUUAGUUUUGUUCAUAUAGUUAAAUCAUUGGAACCUUUAUUUGCAGCAGUUUUUUCAUUUUUCUUAAUGAAUAAUAAAAUGUCAUUUUAUACUUAUUCGUCCUUAAUACCAAUUGUAUUUGGUGUUUCCUUAGCAUCAAUAAAAGAAUUAUCUUUUACUUAUAAAGCUUUGUAUUCAACAUUAGCUGCAAAUAUAUUUUCAACAUUGAGAGCUAUAGAAGCUAAGACAAUGAUGGGAAAAAAUCUUCAAAAACUAGGAAAGAAUUUAACACCAGGAAAUAUAUUUGCAUUGUUAACAAUUUUUUCUGCAGUAUUCUUAACACCUGCUUUAUUCCUAGAUGCAUUCAAAUGGAAAGAUGCUUUUCGUUAUUUAAUGAACAAUAAUGCUAAUGUAAAAAUAUUAACAAGACAUGUUUUAAUGUCAGGUCUAUGGUUCUACUUAUACAAUGAAUUAUCAUUUAUGGCUCUUCAUCGAUUAAAUCAUAUUUCUCAUGCUGUUGCAAGUACAGUUAAAAGAGUUUUCUUAAUAUUAACUAGCUAUUUUAUAUUUGGAACUAAAUUUUCUUUUAUGGGUGGACUUGGAUCUUCUAUAGCUGUUACAGGAACAUUCUUAUAUUCACUAGCAAAACAAAAAUUUGGUUAA